GGAGCAGGCGCUCGGCGGCGGAGCGGAGCGGAGCGGCGGGCGCGGCAGCGGCUGCAGGUCUGGGGACAUUGCCGGCAACAUGCGCCUGCUGCGGGCCCUGCUCUGCCUCUGGCUGCUGGCCGAAGCGGCCCUGGCUUCCCGGGUACGUACCCGCCGGGAGCUGGGUCCCGGCUUGUAUGAGCACGGGGUCUACGAUGCCGGUGGGUCCUACUGCCAGCGAGGGGACGUCUGCUGCCACGGCCGUAACGAUGGCUGCACCGUGCCCUACCACGACACCCUCUGCUACUGUGACCUCUUCUGCAACCGCACCAUCUCCGACUGCUGCCCUGACUUCUGGGAGUACUGCCUGGGCAUUCCGGCCCCUUUCCCCAAAGCUCCAGGCUGUGCCCGCGCCGGCCGCAACUACCCCACCGGAGCCACGUACCGGGAGAACUGCAACCUGUGCACCUGCGGCCCCGGCGGGCAGUGGCAGUGCGAGGACCAUGCCUGCUUGAUGGACGGGGAGCUGAUCGACGCCGUCAACAGGGGCAAUUACGGCUGGAGAGCCGCCAACUACAGCCAGUUUUGGGGCAUGACGCUGGAGGACGGGAUCCGGUACCGCCUGGGCACCUUCCGACCCUCUCCCACCGUCAUGAACAUGAACGAGAUGCACAUGAACAUGGACUCCAACGAGGUGCUGCCUCGCCACUUUGACGCGGCGGCAAAGUGGCCCGGGAUGAUCCACGAGCCCUUGGACCAGGGCAACUGCGCCGGUUCCUGGGCCUUCUCCACGGCGGCCGUCGCCUCGGACCGCAUCUCCAUCCACUCCAUGGGACACAUGAAGCCCGCCCUGUCGCCCCAAAACCUCCUGUCCUGUGACACCCGCAACCAGCGGGGCUGCAGCGGGGGCCGGCUGGACGGCGCCUGGUGGUACCUCCGCAGGCGAGGGGUGGUGACAGACGAGUGCUACCCCUUCACCAGCCAGGAGAGCCAGCCGGUGGCACAGCCCUGCAUGAUGCACAGCCGCUCCACGGGCAGGGGCAAGCGGCAGGCGACGGCACGCUGCCCCAACCCCCAGACCCACGCCAACGAGAUCUACCAGUCCACCCCUGCCUACCGCCUCUCCUCCAGCGAGAAGGAGAUCAUGAAGGAGCUGCUGGAGAAUGGCCCCGUGCAAGCCAUCCUGGAGGUGCACGAGGACUUCUUCAUGUACAAGAGCGGGAUCUAUCGGCACACGCCGGUGGCCGAGGGGAAGAGGCCGAAGCACCAGAGACAUGGGACCCACUCAGUCAAAAUCACCGGACCGCGGCCAACUCCUGGGGCACGGCGUGGGGCGAGGGCGGCCACUUUCGCAUCGCCCGCGGCGUCAACGAGUGCGAAGUGGAGACCUUCGUGGUGGGCGUCUGGGGCCGUGUCAGCAUGGAGGACAUGCCCCACAAGUGAGCGCCCCGCUGCCCCGCUGUCCUCCCACCCCGGGGCCCCCCCCAGCCCCGCAGAUGUCCUUGUCCCUACGAUGGCCCUGCCCAGCACCGCAGCCCCUCCGUCUCCUCCUGGGGGUACCCGUGGGGUGGGACCCCCACGCAGCCCCGUGCCGCUGGGCAGGGGGAUGAGACUGUCCCCUGGGUCCCCAUCCCCGGGGGGCCGCAUGCCCCCGCUGUGCUGACGCUGCGGCUGGGUGCAAUGGCGCGUGCAUGGGGUGUGCGGACGGGGGUGCCCCGGGGGCCGGACCCACAUCCCGUGGGAUUUACCAGCUAAUCCCCCCGCCCCAGGCUUGGCUGGGCUUCGGUGGCGGCUGGGGGCUCUUCAAAGGUGGCCGCCCCCCGCCCUGGCCGGUGCUGAUGGCUUCACCCCCCUUCUCCCACUGCCGGCGAGCACGUGUCCGGGGCUGGGGGAGCGCUGCAGCGGGACCCCCGGGGCUCCUGCACCCCCAUAUCUGCCCCCCCAACUCCCCUCGCCCAGGCAUCCCUGGAGCCAGGGGAGUAAAAUAACCCAGCAGUGCCCGGGGGGGGGGGGUUUCAUCCGUGCCCCCAGGGCUGAAGGAGUCCCAAGGCUGGGUGUUGCCAGCUGGGGAUCAGGACGGGGUCCCCUCCGUCCCCCCUGCCUGUCCCUAUGGUGCUAUGGCCCCUGCCACCCCCCUGGGGACCGGGGACGGCUCAGCCCCACAGUGUCCCUGUCCUGGUGGGGCCACAAUUGGGGACCACGCAGCAGCACAGCCCAGGUCCUCCCACCCUUUCCCCCCACUCCACCCGGGGCUGUACUUUUAAGACUUUUUGUAUUUAUUUUGCUUUUUAUUAUUUGUAAAUAAAACUUAUUGAAGCCUUA